GUCUAAUGCUGAGAUUUCGUGCAAGCCGCAGAGACGAUGCUGUGCCAGGGGCAGGGUGGCAGUUUGGCCGUGGUGCACUCAACGGGCUGCGCGCGGCGCGUGUCGCGGCUGAACUCCGCUGACGCACAAGGCACGCAGCCCUCACCUCUGCCCUCCACCAUCUCCAUCCCUCUGCCUCGUGCCUCGUUGCACUGCCAUCUCCCCCCUCUUCUGGCAUGCCCGUCUCUCCCAACUAGCAGCAUCUAUCCUCAGCGCACAGCACCUUCUCGCCCCUCCGGUCAUCCAUCGGUGACUCGCCUUGCGCCAUGUCGUCCAGCUUCUACACGCUCGAUGGCGCCGGCAGCAGCAGCCGGCCCAUUGCCGCACGCAAGCGGUCACGCGCAGCCGCUCUGCCUCCUUCGGCUACGGGCUGCCGCGCCUCGCAGCACCCGACUGCGGAGUCCAACCGCCAUGCAUUCGACACGCGGCCGCGGGCCGGCUCGCCGCACGCGGCCACGUCGGGCUGGGAUGUCUGGGACGACACUGCCUCGGCGCUGUACCCAGCGGCAUCGACCUCUUCCUUGCCUCCAUCUGAAUAUGACUACGAUGCCGACUCGGACGCCGGCACGAGCACCGAGGCCGAGCAGCGCUCCGCCGAUGCGCCGCUGCACCGCCCGCGCAAGCGUGCACACCUCGACACCGAGACGGAGGCAGAUCUUGGACGCACGAUGCGCUGUAUGUCUCUGUCGCUCGCUGCAGAUGCUGCGGCCCAACAGCACCUGCUUGAGCUGCAGCAGCAGCAGGGCCCACCGCCGCCGGCGCCGCCGUCCUCACCGGCGAGAGCACACCACCCGCCGUUCCCACGACCAGAGGCCAUGCCUGCAGCUGUGCUUGAGACGUCGCCAGCGCCGCACGACAUGGAGAUGCGCGCUCGGCGCGGUCCCUCGAGCAUCAACCUCGACAGGCAUCGUGUGCUCGUAACGAGCCUGGAGGACACGUCAUCGGACGACGAGGCGGCAGAGGAGCAUGCCGCUGCCGCAGUGCGGGCGGCGAUGCGGGCGCAGCGGGAGGAGGCCACUCGCCGUGGCCAGGCGCUGCCAUCAAGUCCGCCGAUGCCGUCUGCCGACGAGGAGCUGCACAUCAACACGGCGCUGCUUGCCAAGCUGGAGGAGCUGAGGGGGGCCAUGGCACGCGACCGCUCCGCCGCCGCUCUGGGCCUCGGCAGCGGAGCCUCCGCCCGGCGCGAGACGAAGAAGCCGCGUAGCAGCGGUGGCUCGGCACGUAACAGCGGGUCCUCGACGCCUACGAAGCAGCAGACUGCCGCCGCUCUCGUGCUCUGGCGGAGUCCCGAGGAGAUCUUGCAGCCGCAUCUUAGCGGCGCCUUUGCGUUCGACGCCAAUGCUGCGCAGAAGCAAAGCGAUGCCGCAUCAUCAUACUCGACUACACCUGCGUCAGCGCCUCCGACCUCGCAAUCGCCAGACGCUGCGUACGCAUUCGGCUCGGCGUACGGCGCUCCUGCAGCUGGAGCGCAGGCGUUUGGCACAGCGCCUUGGCCGGCGCCGCCCAAGCAGAACGACACCAGCGGCGUGCUCUGGCUCAACACCAGCGACGCCGCCGACGAUGCGAUGGAGUGCGACUGAGUGCUCGUCGAGCCCGCAGCUUCCUUUGCUUCGCUUCAUGCCCCAUCGACCCCGUCACGCUUCCAAGACUCUUGCUCCACAAUCACGCCUGACUCUCUCCAUUCUCCGUUGCUCGCACAUGCGACAUGCAUCCUUCUCGCUCAAGUCACCAUCAAACAUUCAAUGCUACACUUUCUAGACCACUGA